AUGGCUGAGGGCGCUGGAGGCAUUGACCGCAAGGCGGAUGAGAGGAUGGAGUUUUCCACCUCCAAAGAGGUGACGGUGCACCCAACUUUCGAGGCCAUGUCGCUGAAAGAGAACCUUCUCCGCGGUAUCUACGCUUACGGUUACGAAUCCCCUUCUGCCGUUCAGUCGCGAGCCAUUGUCCAGAUCUGCAAGGGACGCGACACCAUCGCGCAAGCCCAGUCCGGCACGGGAAAGACGGCCACGUUCUCGAUCAGCAUGCUGCAAGUUAUUGACACGGCCGUGCGCGAGACCCAAGCUCUUGUUCUGUCCCCCACACGAGAACUGGCUACUCAAAUCCAGUCGGUUGUCAUGGCAUUGGGUGACUAUAUGAACGUGCAGUGCCACGCCUGCAUUGGCGGCACCAACGUUGGGGAGGAUAUUCGCAAGCUCGAUUACGGCCAGCAUAUUGUUUCGGGAACGCCUGGACGGGUAGCUGAUAUGAUUCGACGACGCCACCUUAGAACGAGGCACAUCAAGAUGCUCAUCUUGGACGAAGCAGACGAGCUCCUUAACAAGGGAUUUAGGGAGCAAAUCUAUGACGUCUACCGCUACCUGCCGCCGGCGACCCAGGUCGUGGUCGUCAGCGCCACUCUUCCCUACGAUGUCCUUGACAUGACGACCAAGUUCAUGACCGACCCCGUCCGAAUCCUGGUCAAGCGAGACGAGCUCACGCUGGAAGGCUUGAAGCAAUACUUUAUCGCCGUGGAGAAGGAGGACUGGAAAUUCGACACUCUGUGUGAUCUUUACGAUACCCUCACCAUCACCCAGGCCGUCAUCUUCUGCAACACACGCCGCAAGGUCGACUGGCUGACGGACAAGAUGCGCGAGGCCAACUUUACUGUUAGCUCCAUGCAUGGUGAUAUGCCUCAGAAGGAACGUGACAGCAUUAUGCAGGACUUCCGGCAAGGAAACAGCCGAGUUCUCAUCUCGACAGAUGUGUGGGCACGUGGUAUCGAUGUGCAGCAAGUCAGUCUAGUUAUCAACUACGACUUGCCCAGCAACCGAGAAAACUACAUUCACCGAAUUGGUCGUAGUGGACGAUUCGGCCGCAAGGGUGUGGCCAUCAACUUUGUGACCACGGAGGAUGUGCGCAUCCUCCGAGACAUUGAGCUGUACUACUCAACUCAAAUUGACGAGAUGCCAAUGAACGUUGCCGAUCUCAUCUCAUAAUCUACCACUCCCCUCGCGCACAAUGAGGGCACAGCGGAAGAGUAGCAUACCGAAAAACGAAGCAUAACCGGGGCAGGGUACAGAGCCGAGGACCAGGGGCAUGCCCGGCUCGUUAAUUGUGGAGGAAAGGGGUACUAAGUAUGAUCAGAUUGACUUUUUUUUUUUUUAACAGAGCACUGUUUGGACAAUUGGUUUAUUGAUUUCAAAUGGAUUAUGCCCUGCAAAAGCUGUCAAGUAAUAGCAAAUGUGCCAAUCGACACCAAUUGAAAACUGAAAAUGAACAUGUCAUAUCGGACUUGUUGCGUUGUAUCACAGAUGGCGAAAUGAACGGUUCUAGUCAUAGUCUGCAUGCUUCAAUAGUGUAUCAAGGCUUAUUAGCAAAAGAUAGUGUGAGGAGCAAUCACUAGCAUUCUAUCCGAUAUGCUUUGCCCAUCCAGGUGUUUCACCUAGUGUAAUUAUAUAGCGACCCCUUUGCUGAGCGAUGUGGUUUGGUUUACUCUAGGGUAUCUCUAUA